AUGGUAAAAACCUCGUCCCUAGGCACCCGCAGCCAACGAAAGCCUCGGCAGCGAGGAUCCAUCGAAACAGGUGGAGGGGAUGCGCCGAAGAGCUGCAACGUGUGCCGAAAGCAGCUGUGCUGGCUCACGUCCGUGGGCGCAGUGGGCAUAUGGUCAAUAUUGCUUUUUUCAACAUGGCGGGAGUUGGUGCAGGAUGGACCAAAGACGUCCGCUGAAGUCCAACCCAGCGUCAUCGGAACCUUGCAAAGCAGGGUCAUUACACUGGAAAGAGAGCUAUCGCGAGCACACGAGGAAAUUGCUGAGAGGGACAGGCUAUUGGCGGAUUUGCAGCAAAGGGUGCGCGGUGAUGCUCGGGACAGUCAGCUGGUCCCGGCUGUAACUCCUGACCAGAUCGCAAAGGCGGGCGCCUUGGGCGUGCCAGAAGCCCCGAAAUCGCCGCCGGCGACGUCGGUGCCGGCGCCGGAGCCGCAGCUGCGCGGCUCUACCAGCUGCGACUUCCAGCAGGAUGUGGACUACUUCCUGUUAGCAGGAAAAGGGAAGGAGGAGAUGGUCAAGGCCAACUCAAACAAGGCAGAGUGCUGCCAACUCUGCGUGGGCAAGAACCGGCAGGUUCUGGGCUCCUGCACUGUGGCGGUCCUGAGCUCGCCCUCGGACUCUCCGCCUUCGGGAUGCUGGAUCAAGGCUGCCAGCUCCAUGACGGCACUCAAGCCCAACGUAAAACCUGGCGUCACGGCGUGCUUUCCGCCCGGGCAUGGCGCGCUGCCCGUAGCGCCGACAGCGCCACCAUUGGACAGCAGAGCGGUGUCUGAGCACGAUAAAAGUCUGGCUCUCCUGAUUUCUUCUGCCACCACCCAGCAAAUGCGGGCCAACGCAGUUCGGGAUGCGAUCCGCCAUGCCUGGACGUGCUACAAGACCUACGCUUGGGGCAACGACGAGCUGCUGCCCAUAGCGGGCAAGGGUCGAAACCGUGGCUUCAACAUGGCUGUGACUAUGGUGGACUCGCUGGACACGCUCUGGCUGGCCGGCUUGAAAGAUGAGUUCAACGAUGCCAAAGACUGGCUCGCAGCCCACCUCCACAACAAGAUCAAUGCGAUCGGCAAGACGGUCUCAGUCUUCGAGACUACAAUCCGUGUGUUGGGAGGCCUCCUAUCUGCGUACGACCUAUCAAAGGAGAGCGCUCUCCUGGAUCUGUCCGUUAAGCUGGGGCAGAAGAUUCUGAACGUGGUGACCGCCAGAGGAGUCACUCCCUACACUUUCGCCGGUGGGCGUGGAGGUAGCUCCUGCCCAAGCCUGGCGGAGUCCGGAACGCUUCAGCUGGAAAUGCGAUACUUGUCCCAUGUGUCUGGCGAUGAAAUCUUCGCUGCGAAGACCAUGAAGUUUUACGAGACCGUCCAAGGCUUCAAAUCCUUGGAUGGGCUGUGGCCCAACUGCUUCGAGCGAGGCAGAGGGAAAAUCACACUCGGUGCGGAUGGCGACUCCUUCUACGAGUACCUGUUGAAGGUUUGGAUACAGGGCGGAAAGCGGAAGGAGGAGGACUACUUGAAAGGAAUGUACGACAAAGCUGUGGAUGGGAUGGAGAAGCACAUGGUGAAGAAGGGUGCCGACGGCCUGACAUACCUGGGCACGGCCACCUGGGACGCGCACAGCGUCAGCUACGUGCCGGAGAUGGAGCAUCUGACCUGCUUCGUGCCGGGUUGGAUCGCCCUGGGAGCGCAGCAGCAAGCAGACGAUGUCAGGCAGCGUCGAAUGAAACUUGCAGACGACAUUGCCUACACCUGCUGGCAGAUGUACGAGAAGCAACCAACAGGUAUUGCUCCGGAAAGGGUCAAAGGUGAGGCCAUGGACCUUUCCAAGACCAACACGAAGGAGUACAUCCUUAGACCGGAGGCAGCUGAAGGCUGGUGGUACAUGUGGGAGCUGACUCAGGACCCCAAAUACCGCGACUGGGGCUGGAAGACUCUCCUUGCCUUCGAGAAGUGGCUCUGGGUCCCUCAUGGGUACGCUUCGUUGAGGGACGUGCGGCAGACUUCCAAGACCUACCUGGACAGGAUGGAGAGCUUCUUCAUUGCUGAGACCUUGAAAUACCUCUUGCUGCUCCAGGCGGAUGAUCACGAGAUGAAGCUGGACCGCUAUGUCUUCAACACAGAGGCACACCCUCUGUCCAUCUUGGAGUUUGCACCAAAGCCCUGA